CCGAGGAGGGAGACUCCGGGCUUUACUGCUGUGUGCUGCCCCGGUUCCUGCGUCCUGUCCUCUGCUCACCUUGAGACCCACCAGCCGAGUUGUGGAGCUCCUCCCCUCCGAUCCUCGUUCUACCUCAAUGGGGACACCCUGCGGAACCACGUGGCUCCCCAUGGUGGAGCCGUCUCCUUCCUCUUCCCGGUGAUGUCAGAGCAGGAUGCUGGGAACUACGCCUGCGAGGCUGAGAACAGUGUCUCCAAAGAGACAAGCAAGCCUGAGACACUCUCCGUGGAGGGUCCUCGGGUCUUAUCUGCCCCCACUAGCAUCAACUGGCUGGUUCCUUGGCGGCCUGCAAGCCUGCUUGGCAUGAUGGUCAUUGCUGCUGCCCUUCUAGGGUAUUUCAGACCCUGGAGAAAAACCGGGCCCCUUCCACCCCGGAAUCUGCCCCCAGCCCCAGGUGGAGAGGAACACCCACUGUAUGUCAAUGCUGCAUUCCUUCUUUCAGUGCAUUGCCAGAAUGAGAACGAUGAAGGGGUUAUCUACUCUGUGGUACGUACGAUCCCAAAGGAGAGUGAAGCCAGGCCUGCGCAGUCAGCCCGGCGGGAAAAGGACAUUUCUGUCAUCUCCGCUGAGGUGAGACGCCCUCAGCUCAGUGAGGUUCCAGCCAAGGGGCUGAAUAGAGGAAGCAGGACCCAGCAAGAUCCCAUUGGUGACUGCGAGGAGGUCCUCUGCUAGUGAUGGCAUCUCCUCCCCCCAACACACACACCCAUCCGCAGCCCCCAGCGCUCCCCAGGAGACCAGGGGACCCCAGCCUCUUCUGUGGUCCUCCAGUUCCCCAGCCCAGCAGCCAGAACCCCCCGUUUGUGGAGCACAUCAGAAAACUCUGUUACCCCUUACAUGUUUAAAAAGAUACAUGGUUGUAGAAUCUAUUUGUUA